UUGUGCGGUGCAGUGCCGCAUGCGGACAUCCAGUCUGUCAGCAGCGAUGUAAACAUUCACUUUUCAUCCUCAUGCUGCGGGCUAAACUGCAGCCUCCACUUGUUUGGGGAAUCUACUGUUGGUGUGUUCAGCAUGGCCUCCAGCUUUGCACCUCCCAAACUGGCAGACUUCAUCCUCACAGAGCGCCUGGGCAGUGGUACAUAUGCUACAGUCUACAAAGCCUACAGAAAGGCGAACAGCCGAGAGGUCGUAGCUGUGAAAGUCGUCUCGAAGAAGACUCUGAACAAGGCCUCCACAGAAAACCUGCUCACAGAGAUUGAAAUCUUGAAGACUGUGCGACACCCGCAUAUCGUCCAGUUGAAGGACUUUCAGUGGGAUGCUGAGAAUAUUUAUCUGAUCCUGGAGUGGUGUUCUGGUGGAGAUCUCUCCCGCUUUAUUCGCUCUCGCAGGAUUUUACCAGAGCGUGUGGCCCAGCGUUUCCUGCAGCAGAUCGCCUGCGCCCUCCAGUUUCUUCAUGACCGAAACAUCUCGCACCUGGACUUGAAACCGCAGAAUAUUUUGCUCAGCGGCUCAGUCCUCAAACUAGCAGACUUUGGAUUUGCACAGUACAUGUCGCCCUGGGAUGAGCAGAGCGUCCUGAGAGGUUCUCCUCUUUACAUGGCUCCUGAAAUGGUGUGUCGGCGUCAGUACGACUCCAGGGUGGAUCUGUGGUCAGUGGGAGUCAUCCUCUACGAGGCUCUGUUUGGACGAGCACCGUUUGCUUCAAAGUCUUACAGCGAAUUAGAGGAGAAGAUCCGCAGCAACCAGCCGAUCGAGCUUCCUCCCGGGGCCAGAGUAUCAAAGGACUGCAGGGACCUUCUGUUGAGGCUGCUGGUGAGAAAUCCAGACUCCCGGAUCACCUUCGCCGAGUUCUUCACCCACCCCUUUGUGGAUCUGGAGCACAUGCCAAGUGCAGAGAGCAUCGUUAAAGCGAAGGAGCUGGUCCUGCAGGCUGUUCAGAAGGACCAGGAGGGAGAGAGGUCCGCCGCUCUCUCGCUGUACUGCAGUGCCCUCGAGCACUUUGUGCCCGCUAUUCACUAUGAGACGGACCGGCAACGUAAAGAUGCCCUCAGGCAGAAGGUCAGCCAGUAUGUGUCCAGAGCUGAGGAGCUGAAGGCCCUGGUGGCUUCAGACUACAAGCUGAGCUUCGAGGAGGCGCGGACCUCCAGAGAUGUCCUGAGAGGAAUGUGUCAAGAUCAGCCUCGACUGCUUGCGGCUUUGGAGAUGGCUUCUACUGCGAUCGCAAAGGAGGAGAGCGGAGCCGAUGACCUGGAGGCUCUGGAUGUGUACCAGCAGUGUUUAGGAGAGCUACUGCUGGCUCUAGCAGCCGAGCCCCAGGGCCGCCGGAAAGAGCUGCUCCACAGCGAGAUUAAAGGCCUCAUGACCCGAGCAGAAUACCUCAAGAAGCACGUCAAGAUGCAGGAGACUCAGAGGGACGUGUCUCUGGAUCGAGAACCUCUUGCAGAUUCGGUCAGAAGCUCCUGCUGCCUGCAGUGAGCGGCUCGGCCUCCUCCAGGCGUCUGCAGGACUCGGACCGUCAGUCAGCGUUCAGGUCGGACUCCCAGCUUUCACCUAACGCGGUCUCCACCCCGGCCAAAUCCCACCACAUCCUCGCCCGCUGCGGCAGCGCUGUCUGGGUGGCACGCUGCGGCCGCCAACCAAAAUGUGGCCGCGCUGGAAAAGUUUUCUGACCGGAUGAUUUGGCAGGUGGACGACUUGUGUUCAUUACUUUUGAGUGGGGGGGAAAAAAAAAAGUGUUUUCAGACUGAAAGUUGCUGUUGAGUUUUGAAUUUGCACCGUUGUGAAUGUGAACCCUCUUGUGCACUGUGUUGUUGCCUCGGCCCCCCUCCUCCCCCCGACACACCAUUGACAUGUAAAUUCUGGACAGCUUGUCAGACAAUACCGCACUGUCAUGGUAAACGAGUUAAACAGAGACCGCUGCUCAACUUUUCUCGCUCACAUGCAGACUGUGAAAAAUCCCAAAGACACAAUCAAAAGCUACAGUUUUUUUUUUCUUUUUUAAACUGUAGUAUUAAAUAUAUUACAGUGAGGCCUGUGCAAACAUGUACACAUUCAGUCGCCCGCCGCCUUCGCUCUUCUGCCCCCCCCCCACUGCCUUUACUGUGGGUCAACCGCAGGCUCACCGUGCUCUCCAGGCUGAUGGAGCCCUCUCCGCCACGACCGGGGGGGAAACUGGAGAGGUGCGGCCUCUUCCUUAUUUACACUAGCCUCGCAUUUUUCUUAGGUUUGGCAGCGGCUGGAUAUUUGAGGGAUGCAGCGACUUGUGCUGCUUCAUAACGAGGCCUCUGUGGAAACGGCAGAAAGCUUUAGAGGCGGCGGCGAGCCGAUGAUCCUCACUGUUGUAGGUCUGCCCGGACUCACACAGGUAUCCAAAAGGGAGCUUUACUUUUUUUUUUGGUGGAUGUAAUUUAAAAGUAACGGCAACAUAUAACUGAAAAUACAUUUUAUGUCCACUGGUAAGAUUUUUUUUUACACUGCUGUGAUUCUUUUUUUUCCUUCAAGUGUUAAUACAGCUGUGAUUUUCUAAUGUAUUUAUUAAAGACUAACUGCAGAUGAUGAAUCAGAUGGAAAAUAAAGCUGCGAUCUGU